UGCGCACGCGCAGGAGACGGCCUCCGGGCGUUCAGGGCCUGACGGUUGCUAGGGUGACAGAGACACAACAUGGCGGCCGGAUCCUAACGCUCUCCAUCCAGGGACCCUCGCGGAGGUCCUAGUGCCGGACCCCGCCUCAAGGAAGUGGAAGACAGGGGGUCAUCCUUCCUGACUCUUUCUUUUCCUUCCAGUGUCGGCAAGGGGUUGUCGCCGGCUUCCGCAUCUAGGAUGAAGAACUACAAAAUAAUUGGCAAAAUAGGAGAGGGAACGUUUUCUGAAGUUAUGAAGAUGCAGAGCCUGAGAGAUGGAAACUACUAUGCAUGUAAACAAAUGAAACAGCGCUUUGAAAGUAUUGAGCAAGUGAACAAUCUACGAGAGAUACAAGCACUGAGGCGCCUGCACCCACACCCAAACAUUCUUACGCUGCACGAAGUGGUUUUUGACAGAAAAUCUGGUUCUCUUGCACUAAUAUGUGAACUUAUGGACAUGAAUAUUUAUGAGCUAAUACGAGGGAGAAGACACCCAUUAUCAGAAAAAAAAAUUAUGUACUAUAUGUACCAGUUAUGUAAAUCCCUUGAUCAUAUGCACAGAAAUGGAAUAUUUCACAGAGAUGUAAAACCAGAAAAUAUACUAAUAAAGCAGGAUGUCCUGAAAUUAGGGGACUUUGGGUCCUGCCGGAGUGUCUAUUCCAAGCAGCCGUACACAGAGUACAUCUCUACGCGCUGGUACCGGGCCCCAGAGUGUCUCCUCACCGACGGGUUCUACACGUACAAGAUGGACCUAUGGAGUGCUGGCUGCGUGUUCUAUGAGAUUGCCAGCCUGCAGCCCCUCUUCCCUGGAGCAAAUGAACUGGACCAGAUCUCAAAAAUCCAUGAUGUCAUCGGCACGCCUGCUCAGAAGACCCUCACCAAGUUCAAACAGUCGAGAGCUAUGAGUUUUGAUUUUCCUUUUAAAAAGGGAUCAGGAAUACCUCUACUGACAACCAAUUUGUCCCCGCAAUGCCUCUCCCUCCUGCACUCAAUGGUGGCCUAUGAUCCUGAUGAGAGAAUCACCGCCCGCCAGGCUCUGCAGCAUCCCUACUUCCAGGAACAGAGGGCAACCGAGAAGCAGGCUCUGGCCAGCCACAGAAGGGCCUGCUUCCCGGAGCACCCGGUGGCCGCGGAACCCCUCAGAGCUGGCUGGCAAAUGUCAAAGGAGGGCAGAAAGCAGGUGCCUUCCCCGUGGCUUCCCAGGGCCUUCCCUCCCUUCAGCCGGAGCUGUCACUCCUCCUGGCGCUGUCCCUCCAGCACCACCCUCAGAGAGCCCGUGGUUGCCGCCUCACCUCCCUCAUCCUCCCCUGGCCGGGACACACAGAUGACCUCCCAACCCUGUCCCUGCUCUGCCGCCCCUACCUCCUGGACAGAGGGUCCCUUUCAAACGUUUGUCUGGUGUCAUUCCCUGCCAGGACCUAUGAAAGUCCCCACUGUCGGCCACAUCAGAGAAACAGUCCCUAAAGCCAGAGGAGGACCAUCCCAAGGGACAAGGACCGGCCUACAUAAUGGAACUGCCCAGACUAAAGCUUUCAGGCGUUACCAAGCUGUCGUCUUACUCCAGCCCCACGCUGCAGUCAGUGUUAGGAUCUGGAGCAGGCGGGAAAGCCCCGGUGCUGAGGCCCCUGAAGUGUGUUGGUGCAAACAAGAAGACAGAUCCACAGAAGGACAUGAAAGCCGCCCUGAAACAGUGUCGCUUGCCCACCAUAGAGAGGAAAGGUGGAGGGUACUGAGCAGCUUGCGUCACCUCAGCUCCAUGGAGGGUAAAGCCGGGCAUGACCAGGGCUGCCCGAGCGACACAGGGCUCCGGAGACGCCUGGCGGCCGGGCAAGCGCUGCUCUGCAGCCGCCCGCACCACCGGCUGGAGCUGGGCCCGGAGCCACCGGCCUCGCGAGUGGGCAGCCCCGGCAGCAGCUGCACUGUGUGUUCCGUCCAGUACGUUUGUAAAACCACAUCCUUCUAGAGUUUGCCUUUUCAUAACCUAAGAAGUCUGGGCAGGGACUGAUCUGCAACUUUUUGCACGAAUCAGAGGGGACACGCUGGGAGUUGUGCGUCAGGCUGGCCGAAGGCGGCUACAGGUGUCCCCGUUCCUGGCCUGUGACCGUGAGUGCGGCACAUGCAGCAGCCUUACAGAUCGUGCCCUUGGAGCCCCCGAUUUUUAUUAAAGGAUAAGCUGUCA